AUGUCGCGGGACUUUGGGUCUACAUCCACGUCCUACGCUACCUCACAGAGGACUCUGUCCACUCGACGAGAACAGAGAAGUCCAAGAAGUGACGUCCUCCAGUUGACGGAAAGAGAUCCACCGGGUCCCCAUCAUCAGUCCCCGGAAGAUACUCUACCACCGCCAGCACCCACCGUCGAAGCGUUGAUUGCAGCCGCGGCACCUCUAGAGAUGUCGCGACAGCAGAUUGACUUGCUGGCGGCAAACUUCGUGUCGCUUGUAAGGGGACGACAGCCAUUGGGUGAAGAACCCCAGGAGGACGAAGAGGAUGGAAGUGAGGCUCGACAGCCACCACCAUACCAGCAACAGUGA